AUGCAUAACGUAUUCAUCUUUGUAAUACUGGCAUCCUCAUUCGCUUUGAUAGCUCAUUCAUGUUUUACUACAAAGUGGGAUGUUUCUGUUCGGAGUAAUGUCCAUGGUAAUAUUGUUGCGCAUAUCAAAUCAGGAGAUACUGAUUUUGGGAAUCAUACCAUUCCAUUCAAUGGAAAUUACACCUGGUCUUUUGGUGCCAGGAUAGAUGGUCUCACUCUUGAUUAUGGCUACUUUUGGUGGGGUUCAAGAUUUCAAAGCUUAGCUUUGUAUGACAACCACAUUCGUGACAUAUGUUAUCGAGGAGAAUCGGGUACUGCACAUUGUUAUUGGUUAGUAACGCCUAAUGGGUUCUAUGUAUCUGGGGAUCCAUAUCAAGGUGGGGCUGAUCCACAUGCAGUGUUUAUAAAACAAUGGUCAUAA